UUAUUCAAAAUGGCUUCGGAUACCGAAUCAGGGUCAGAAUAUGAGGUUGUGAAAAUCCUACAGCAGAGGCGCAGACGAGGAAUAACAGAAUAUCUGGUACGAUGGGGAGGGUUUGGACCACAGGAAGACUCUUGGGAACAAGAAGGCAAAUUAACAAAUUGUGCCAAUCUUAUCAAAGAUUUUGUAAAAUCAAGUUUGACCCCUGCUAAAAAAACAACAAAGAGAGCUUCUAGGUCUCGAUCCUCUUCACGUUCGAGGUCCAGGUCAAGAUCAAGAGGAAGAGCAUCAUCAAAGAGUAGAAAGUCUCCUUCAAGGAAAAAAGUUGCUACUCCUGCUAAGGAAAAAACAGUGAGUGUGCGGCAGUCAAGGAGGUCCACUGUAGACGCAGGUGUUGUACAGGAAACCACAACUAAAACUACGAAAACAGUGGAAGAAGUGAAGCCAUUGAACAACGUUGAUGAGGAUAUCAAAACAACAGUAGUGAAAGAAACCUGGACAACAAAGACCUCACAGACAAAGUCAACAAGUGACAGGAAAUCACUAAAACCUGCAUGGCAGCCACAGCUCCCUGAGUUCCUCCGCCUGAACACAUCUGAUGUACCUGUUAUGAUCAUUUUCUCCUGUAUAACCAUCAUAACACUGUGUUUUCUGCUGGAAAAAUAUGUUGAUUUUGAAGCAGUUUGGAACAAUCUUGCAGCUUGGUGCGAUGGAGUUAUUGCCCAAAUCCAACGUCUAAGACCUGGUGGUGCGACCCCCACUGCAGCUAAGGAUGCUUGAAGUGUUGGAAGACUGGACAGUGUUCUGUCGUUAAUAUCCCUGCCCACCUAAACUGUACAGAAUGAAUGCAAUAGGCAGCAUUUUCUCCUCUGACUACAAGUACUGAAAGUGUCUAAGUGCCAUGGAGAGAGAUUAAGCAUUGUAUAUUACGAUGUUGUGACAAAUUUAUGUACAUUACACACAUGCUAACCAUGCCCUCUAUUAUCCUAAGUAUGUAGUGUUUUUAACCAAAUAUUGUUGAUAUUUUUAUGCAUAGUAUGAAUAAUUUUACUGAGAAGUAUUAGGUUGAGCUACUUUUGUCAAAUUUAUCCUACCACAAUAGUUACAUAAACAGUAUACCGGUCAAACAUCAUUUGAUAAAUCCUUAAAUUUUCUUCCUGUAGAUUUUUUUUUAAUUUUUGUGUGCCAUGUCAUGAAAUUGUUAGUCAAUGUUAUCAGGAUUUUGUAAAUCUUUGUAAAAUGUUUGUUAAAUAUUCAAUUGACUGUGUGUCACGACAGGGAACCAUGUGCUUUGUGUUGUCAUCAAGAUGUGGAUGAAAUUAUUUUGUAAAAGUUUUUAAGGUUUUUAAAUAGGGAUUAAUUGAGGGAUUGAACAAUAAAGUGCGAUAGAUUUGCUAUUCAUUCACUUUCUAUUAGAUAUAUGGCUGGAAGCUGGUCUUAUGUCAAUGUAUGUAUAUCACAGCUAAAAAGAAAUUGUAAAACAUUUUCGUUUGGUAGGAAUGUUGGACCUAGUGUUGGACUACAAUCUCACAGAAGUUUACAUGGAAGUGUUAUAUUUGAAUUUUAUAUCAUUAGGUAAGAACUGUCACUACCAAGCCUUUUUAAGUACGUAUAAUGAACAAGUUUGGUUUCAGAUGAAAAGCCAGAUUUGGUAUCUGAUUCUCAUUUUAAAUAAAGGAAAGAAUAAGACAGAACAAUUAUCUGUGAAGGAACUUCCAGAACACUUAUAUAUAGAAAACAGGACAGGAUAUAUGACAUUAGAAAACUGUUUGGGACCAAAAUGGGAUGAAGUACAGAAUUUUAAGUAGAAGGUGUUGGUUAUCUUAACAUUUGGUGUGUGUAGAUAUUUAGAUUAAAGGAAAUCUGGGUAGUGUUAUAGGAAUACACAAAUUCUUUACUAACGGGUAUUAAUUUGUACCUCAAGUUUGGCUGAUGGGGUUAUAGUUAUCUGUCUGCGUAGGUAAAGCAGUAGAUUUUCACUUGUAGCUUUCCUGCUGUACACACUGCUGUGACCAAUCAAAUUGUUUUAUUGUUGACUCUAGUCACAAAUCUCUUCUUACAAAUCCAAGAAUUGAAAUAUUCACUUGAUGCAUUAGUGUGAAAAUUGAAGCAUUGGAAGAAGUAGAUGAUGUCUAGCUCCUUAUGGCUGUUAUAAAAAGGAACAUUUUAUGUUAUAAUUUGUGUAAAAUCAUUGUUUUUCUCAUCAUUUCAUUUUCAUUUGUGUAAAGAAGCUGAAGAAUGAUUUGAUAAUGUACUCCCUAUCCAUUUAUAGCUGUUUGUAAUAGCAGUAGAAGUGCGAUAAAUUGAUGACACCAACAGUAGGAAAAGGAUAUUUUAGAGUUUUAAACAAAGAUACAAAUAAAAAAAAAUUAAUGGAUUUGAAUUCGAAACGCAUCUUUUUCAGAAAAAAAGAAGUGCUUACUGUUUGCUUACAAAUUACAUGAACAAUAUAAAUUUUUGAAAUGUUUCCAAUACAUGGUUGGUAAUGCUUCAGUAGCAAUUAGCUUGAUUUUUCACAAAAAAAUUAUUAUUAAAAAGAGUACAAAUGAAAUUGGAAUUGGCAGCAUCAUUUUUUCAUUUCAUUUUAAACUGGUUUAACACUCAAUGGCAUAAUGUGCUGUUGUCAAAUAUUUGAGAUAAUUUUCAGAUUAAUAUUUCUGCUCUAUCAGAUUUUGAUUUAUGAAAUGAGUAUCAGAGUGAGAAACCUCACACAAAGCUACUUUGAUAGAACAUCAAAACUUUAACUGUCUGAAGCUGUUGGAAAAAGCUUGUGAUGUACAGUUGAGAUCAUGUGUAACCUGUUAUAUUUAAUUCUAUGACUGUUAUUUGAUGACAUUGUAAUCAUGCUCAUUUCCUUAAAGGCAGUGUUAAUCACCACAAAGUUGUGAAAGAAUAACAGCGAAUUCUUUUCUUUUUAAUUUUUUUUUCAAAUUCUCAUUUUAUACGAAUUUUCAUUUUAGAUAUUUGAUAGUAAUUGAAACAAUUAAAAGAUCAGUUUUAGAUCCUUCAUUUACAGUAGAUCUACCUAUAUAAUCACCAUUUAUCAUGAUCUUUCAUUCAUGACUUGUCAUUGUGACACUUGGUUUUACCAUUCCAAACUUUGUAAGUAUCGGGAUGAAACAUUCAGGUUAACCAUAUUCUGCCGUUACGUCAUCUGUUUGUCUUUGUACUUUGUAUGAUAUAUAUUUUUACCAUUUUCCUGAAAAGAUUGAAAAAAAAUACAGAAUAAGUUUUAAAAGAAACUUGCAAUAAAAUACAGACAGA